GCAAACGCAAAAACAGUUUCCCAUCAGCAGUCGAGUGCCGAGGCAGCGGAGAGAAAUGUUGUUACAAUCGAUAUUAAUGAAAAUAUUGGCCGUUUUUUUGGUCUGUUGGCUGGGACACGUCACAGCUCAGUCAUCUGCCGAUUAUAUUGAGCUUGAAAUCGGUUCGAGGGGUGAAGGCCCACCGGAAAAGAAGGAAUUUCCCUGGGGCAAUGAUGACCAGAAUCUUGAAGCAACAUUUUAAGUUUCUUAGGAUUUUUUAAAAUACUAUACAAUGCAUUCUUUGUUAAAUAUAUUUUCAAAAGAACCCAGCUCUUAUCAGUUAAGUUACUUGGUAUAACCAACAUUAUAAUAUACUUUUGGGCCUGUAGAAAAAUAUCUUGCUCUUGUAUGACUACUGCUGCUUAAUUUAAUCGGUAAUAUUGUAUAUUCCACCAAUUGUUAGUCAUAACUGGCUUUAUAUAAAAUUAAGACUUUUUAUUUUUUUAUUAAAUUGUAU